AUGGCGACGGAGGAGGAUCUGGCAAAUAUCAUCGGCCGAUUGUCGUUGAGGGAAGGGGAAUCUGCCAGGCAUUUUACAAGUUCAUUAACCACCACUCGCAUCGACCCUCUCCUCACCGUUGUUGCUAGACUUCACUAUCCAAGAAUUGUUUCACACGACUCCAUCGCGACUCAUUGUCGUAAUAUCUGGUCAAUCCAUCAUGGAUUCGCAGUAAGGCCAUUAGGUGAGAACAUGGUUCAUAUCAAAUUCAAUGAUCGUAUUGACCGGGCAAGGGUUUUGCACAGUGAACCAUGGUUGCUUGGCAGGAAGUAUCCGCUGGUCUUGAAGCCAUUUGAUGAUGUUAAUGGGGAUUUUGAUCUAUUCCCUUGGUGGAUUCAUUUAUAUAACUGUCCUUUGGAUCUCAUGAAUGAGGAGUUUUCCGCUUUCACCGGAAAUAAGAUUGGUAAGUUUAUGGAAAUGUAUACGGAUGCGGAUCGCAACUUUAUCGGAAGGUUUCUCCGAAUUAAAGUGGGUGUCAAUCUCAAAGAACCUUUAAUGCGUGUUCUGCAAUUCAAACACGAAGCCAAUGAUCCUGAUCCAUUCUUUGUUCCAGAUGAUUCAGACGAAGAAGUUGCUCCGCGGAGUGAGCGUCAAUUUCACCGUAUGACGGUUUUCCGGAACCAAAACCCUUCCCAUCCAAACACUUCUUCUUCUCAACCCACCAGAAACCAUCACCACCAGUCAGACCUAAAUAUACCUUCUUCUCAAGCCACCAAAUCCCUCAGCCAAUGGCCUAUCCCAUCCCACCAAAAUAACCUUCCUCCCUCUGUCGAUCUACCACCUUUAAUUGCCCCUUCCAGUUCCUCAUAUGUAAACCCCCAUUUUACUACUGAAAACAUUCCUCCAUCAACUCAAAUUCAGAACUCUAAUUCAUCACUUCCAAAUGCUUCCCCUGGACACACUCAGAAUACUCCAUCAUCCCCUUCAAUGUCUAUCCCUCAUGAUCAUAUCACUGUUUCUCCUCCCCUUUCACGCAAACAAAAAGACUCUGAUCUGAACCUUCUCAGUCCAUUCCUUGUCUCAGACCCCAUGACCUUAGACACUCCAGGCCGCAAAGCUGCGCAUCGUUUUAUGACAGCGUGUAGAAAAGCGCUCCAGAAUGUCUCUGGGAAGAAUCCUGAACUAUCUAGUCGUGUGAAAGGUAAACUGUUGAUUGAUGAUUAUGAAAGCAAUGAUCUGCAAACUGUUGAGGUGGAAGUAAUUGGGAAGAAAGCUCGAGUUGACCAUGCUUCUCCUUCAACCCCGAUGUUGGAAACUUACUUUAUGGAUGGCGGUGCGGCGGUGUCUGGGUUAUCUUCCCAGAGCCGCCCAGCCCAAUGA